AAACCCCUCUCCCUCUUUACCGUUUUCUUGUUACAUAAGAUCCCUUCUCUCUUGAGCACCUUUUUGGAUCUGCUGCGCCGCCUCCCCCGCCCCGCGUGUCCAGAUCUGCUGGCCUCCGCCACCGCAGAUCAAGGCCCACGUCCUCUCCUUCUACGCGUCUCCUGGGGUCUCCUCCUUUCAAACCCCACUUCUUACUUCCGUCGCGACCCAUCGCAACUCUGUUUUGUUCUUACUUCAAAACUCAGAUCUGCGUUUGAUUUGGCAAUGGCGAAGGCGGUGAGGUUGUGUCUCUCUGUUGUUUUGGCGUUGCUGUUGGUAUCUUUUGCCGCGGCGGUAGAUCCACCGGAGACAUCACCGAGUCCGGCUCCAGAACCCGGCGCCGCCCUGAAUUCUCCCCUGCCUCCGUCGCCGGGCGUUUCGCCGCCGGCGAAAUCACCGGCGAGCCCUUCGCCUUUGCCAGAAUUUAGUUCGCCGCCGGCUCCGUCGAAGCCAGAUCUCCCUCCUGUUGCUUCGCCAACGCCUUCACCGACUCCGGCGCCUGCUCCGGCACCGGCCAAAGAAAGCGAGAUCAACCACGCUAGUAACGAUCUGAAAGGAGAUGAGUCGACGGAAUCAUAUAGUGGACUGAGCGGCGGGCAGAAGGCGGGGAUCGCGAUCGGCGCACUCGCCGGGGCUUGUCUCGUCGGCAUGGGAGCCCUUGUCUACAAGAAGCGGCAGCAGAACAUCCGCCGAACUCAGUACGGGUACGCCGCUAGGAGAGAGAUUCUGUAAAUCUAAGGCAAAGUGUUCUCAUAAACAGAACUUUCUAUAGACCUCCCCGUAAAAAGUUCAGUGGUGAUGAUGAUGAUGAUUAUUUGUUCGAUUCUUUUGGCUUUGGUAAGCAUAAUUAUUCAACUAGUUUCAUAGUGAUGUUGCAGACAUUCAGUCGAUUAUUUUAUAAUUUAUUAUUAUAUUUUGUAUCCCA